GAUGGAGACGGUUCAGACUUGGAGCCUCCAGAUGCUGGAGAGGACAGCAAGUCUGAGAAUGGGGAGAAUGCUCCCAUCUACUGCAUCUGCCGAAAACCAGACAUCAACUGCUUCAUGAUUGGAUGUGACAACUGCAAUGAGUGGUUCCAUGGGGACUGCAUCAGGAUCACUGAGAAGAUGGCCAAAGCCAUCCGGGAAUGGUACUGUCGGGAUUGCCGAGUGAGCCCCGGGAGGAGGGAGGAGGGCGCAAGAGGCCUGCUUCAGAUCCAGACCUGCAGCGCCGGGCAGGGUCAGGGACAGGGGUUGGGACCAUGCUUGCUCGGGGCUCAGCUUCUCCCCACAAAUCUUCUCCACAGCCCUUAGUGGCUACAAAGGAGGAGAGAUAUAAACGGCAUCGACAGAAGCAGAAGCAUAAAGACAAAUGGAAACACCCAGAGAGGGCUGAUGCCAAGGACCCUGCAUCACUACCGCAGUGCCUGGGGCCUGGCUGUGUGCAUGCUGCCCAGCCUGGUUCUAAGUAUUGUUCAGAUGACUGUGGCAUGAAGCUGGCAGCCAACCGCCGUGAACAGCAGAGUGCCCGAACCCGUCUUCAAGAAAUGGAACGCAGAUUCCAUGAACUUGAGGCCAUCAUUCUUCGUGCUAAGCAGCAGGCUGUGCGUGAGGAUGAGGAGAACAAUGAGAAUGACAGUGACGACACAGAUCUACAGAUCUUCUGUGUCUCCUGUGGACAUCCCAUCAACCCACGUGUUGCCUUGCGUCACAUGGAGCGUUGCUAUGCCAAGUAUGAGAGCCAGACAUCCUUUGGGUCCAUGUACCCCACACGCAUUGAAGGGGCUACCCGACUCUUCUGUGACGUCUACAAUCCCCAGAGCAAAACAUACUGUAAGCGGCUCCAGGUGCUAUGUCCUGAGCACUCACGGGACCCCAAAGUGCCCGCUGAUGAGGUCUGUGGGUGUCCACUCUAAGCGCCAGUGCAAUCGCCAUUAUUGCUGGGAGAAGCUUCGGCGUGCAGAAGUGGACUUAGAGCGUGUCCGGGUGUGGUAUAAGCUGGACGAGCUGUUUGAGCAGGAACGUAAUGUUCGCACAGCCAUGACCAACCGAGCAGGAUUACUUGCCCUGAUGCUGCACCAAACGAUCCAACAUGACCCACUCACUACCGACCUUCGAUCUAGUGCUGACCGCUGAGCUUCACCAGCCCAGAGCCCCUCACCCCUGCAUUCCAGUUAGGGGAGUGGCCCUGCAUCACCGGCUUUCUGUUCCUCCAUUCAUCUGUUUAUUCCACUGCUCCUUAGUUUUAUCCCUGUGUCCAUCUAUGUUCUGGCUUACAUUUGCCCUUAUUAAUGGGACUCUGAUUUCCCUUUUUCACUAUCUGUCCUUUUCCAUAUUCAGUGCUGGGGUGAGACUGUGGCGUUUACUCACCUUUGCCUAUACCCAUCCCCUAAAUAAACGGGUUUUGUUAUUAAAAAUUUUGAACAACCAACAGGA